CGGCGAAAGGGCAGCGGUACACUUUUGUAAACAACAUGGCGUAUGUUGGCCGACUGGCCAACAGAUGAAACACCGUGCAGACAACUUUGGGAUUUGAUAUCAACCAGAAGACGUUUCAUGUUUUUCUCUUGAGAAGUAUCACAGCGGGCCAAUCAACCUCAGAGCGGUGUCAAGGAGACCGUUUGACAUCCAAACGGUGCUCUUCAGUCUAUGGGCUCUCAGUCCAGUUCUGGGAUGUCUGGUGGAAGGGGAUCUUCCAGUGACAACCCAGUUGAUCAGUCCGAUUUAGAAGAGCAAAGCCAGGGCAGCAGCAGCAGGAGGAGCAGCAGCAGCAGCAGCAACAGCAGCAGCAGUAGUCAUAGUAGCAGCAGCAGCAGCAGGCAGCAAGGAGACGCAGUGUCAGCAUCAGAGGAGGACGUUGACUUAGCUGAAGUGCUGGCUUAUCUACUGAGGAGGGGCCAGGUCAGACUGGUCCAUGGCAGUGGAGCCACAGGGUUGCAGCUGGUCCAGUCGUACUCCGACUCCGACGAGGACAGCGACGGGGCGUGGGAGGGUCGGCUGGCAAACCACUACAAUCCUCCUGUGGACACCCAGCCUGACACGCAUGAGGUGGACCGCAGUGAGAUCCGAACUCAGAUCCUGGUGGCCACUGCUUCGUCCGACCUGAAAGGCAAAACAAGUUUCACACACAUGCUAACAGAGAGGGCACAAGGACGAUGUCAAGGCUCGAGUUUUUCCCACGGAGAGUGCAGUCGCAUCCGCUCGCAUUUCCUGCCAAACUAUGUCUGUCAGAAGGCUAAAUACAACCACAAAGCUUUCUGCGGCGUCUACAGCGAGGACGGCAACAUGUUUCUCUCUGCCUGCCAGGAUCAGAACAUCCGCCUGUAUGACACAAGCAGAGGGCGCUUUCUGCUACGGCAAACGGUGAAGGCUCGAGAUGUCGGCUGGAGCGUUCUGGACGUCUGCUUCACGCCAGACGCGCAGCACGUGCUCUACUCCAGCUGGUCGGACUACAUUCAUCUGUGCAGUAUCAAUGGGGACAGUGAAAACCACACUGCAUUGGACCUCAAUCCGGAUGAGAGGAGGUUCUGUGUGUUCUCACUUGCUGCAUCCACAGAUGGAAAAGAGAUUCUGGGAGGAGCAAAUGACGGCUGUCUUUACGUAUUUGACCUUGAGCAGAAUAAAAGGACACUGAAGAUCGAUGCCCACGAGGAUGACGUGAACGCGGUGGCGUUUGCCGACAGCUCGUCCCAGCUGCUCUUCUCCGGCAGCGACGAUGCGCUGUGCAAAGUAUGGGACAGGAGGACGCUACGGGAAAAUCGGCCGGAGCCUGUGGGACAGCUGGCGGGCCACCGGGAUGGCAUCACCUUCAUCCACAGCAAGGGCGAUGCUCGCUAUCUGAUCAGCAACUCAAAGGACCAGACCAUCAAGCUCUGGGACGUGAGGAAGUUCUCACCCAAAGAGGGAUUGGCAGCCUCUCGCCUGGCCGUCACCCAGCAGAAUUGGGAUUACCGCUGGCAGCGGGUCCCCCAAAGAGCCUUGAGGCGACAUAAGAUAGCCGGCGACACUUCGGUGAUGACGUACCGUGGCCACGGCGUCCUGCACACGCUCAUUCGCUGCCGUUUCUCACCCGAAUUCAGCACGGGGCAGAGGUUCAUCUAUUCUGGCUGCUCCACCGGCAAGAUUGUCAUCUACGACGUGCUGACGGGUGCUGUCGUUUCCAAAUUGUUGGGUCACGGUGCCUGCGUCAGGGAUGUCACUUGGCACCCGUAUGAAGACAACAUCAUCAGUAGCUCUUGGGACUGCGUUGUACAAAUGUGGGAGCACAGACAAACUCACCCUCUUGACGAGGAGCGGGAGAGAGAAUGACAGCUUGGAGCCGGCAGGAGACCAAGACGGACGGAGGGAGGGAGGGAGGGAGGGAGGUAGGGGAGGGGAGUCCGGUCCGCUCUCCACACACUGAGCUUGGCUCAUAUGAUUACAAUCAAGAGACAGACACCUCCACGCUUGCUUUAGUCACAAGCGCAACCUUUUUUUUUCUUAUGGCCUGUGACUCUUUGGUGAAGAGCCAAAAGCUGAAUUGACUGAACUAUGGAGUUUUUUUAAACUUGAAAGUGAAAUAGAUUUCAACACAGCAGGGAUACUACGUGGAAGGCAAUUGUGUAUAAAUUGUAUAGUAUUCUAUUGACGACGUUUAUAAUCUCAAGUGUGUUGAAAAGACGUCACCUCUUAUCUCUUCCCAGGGGCCAAAUGAUGAC